AUGGACCUUGAUGAUCUGGAAAAGAAGGCCAGUGGGGGGCACGCCAAAGUUCUCCUCCUUUCGCACAUGCGCGGGAAGGUGUGUGACAUGGACCGGGUGUCGGAGAUCUGCGAGAGACACCGCCUGAUGUUGGUCGAGGACUGCGCUCACGCGGCCGGGGUGACGUGGCGCGGCCGGCAGCUGGGGUACCACGCCAAGCCUUGA